CCCUGCCCCGCCCCCCAGUGCUGAGCUGUUACUGCUGCUAGUCGCCGGUGCAUUGAAGAGACCGCAGCCCCGCAGACAUGGCUACCCGGUCUAUGCAGGCAGCCCGUUGCCCCACAGAUGAGCUUUCCCUCACCAACUGUGCUGUGGUCAGCGAGAAGGAUUUCCAGUCUGGCCAACACGUGACUGUCAGGACCUCACAGAGCCACAAGUACAUCUUCACGGUGAAGACUCACCACACCGUAUUGCCCGUAACGAUUGCCUUCAGCCUCCCUCAGAGAAAAUGGGCCGGCCUCUCCAUUGGGCAAGAUGUAGAAGUUGGGAUCUACACUUUCGACAAGACAAAGCAGUGCAUCGGAACCAUGACCAUAGAGAUCGACUUCCUCCAGAAGAAGAGUAUAGAUUCCAACCCGUACGACACCGACAGAAUGGCCGCGGAAUUCAUCCAGCAGUUCAACAACCAGGCCUUCUCCGUGGGCCAGCAACUGGUGUUUUCAUUCUGUGACAAACUUUUCGGACUGGUGGUGAAGGACAUUGAAGCCAUGGAUCCAAGUAUUUUAAGGGGAGAGCAGUCUACGGCCAAGAGGCAAAAGAUCGAGGUUGGGCUGGUGGUGGGGAACAGCCAAGUUGUGUUUGAGAAGGCAGACACGUCAACUCUGAACCUCACAGGCAAAUCCAAGACCAAGCAAGGCCGCCAGUCCAUUAUCAAUCCAGACUGGAACUUUGAGAAGAUGGGCAUUGGAGGCUUAGACAAGGAGUUCUCAGACAUUUUCAGACGAGCCUUUGCUUCACGAGUUUUUCCACCAGAGAUCGUGGAACAGAUGGGUUGCAAGCACGUGAAAGGCAUCCUCCUAUACGGUCCGCCUGGAUGCGGUAAGACGCUAAUGGCUCGGCAGAUCGGCAAGAUGUUGAAUGCCAGAGAGCCGAAGGUGGUGAACGGACCAGAAAUCCUGAACAAGUAUGUGGGAGAGUCCGAGGCCAACAUCCGCAAGCUGUUCGCUGAUGCCGAAGAGGAACAGAGGAGGCUGGGUGCCAACAGUGGGCUGCACAUCAUCAUCUUUGACGAGAUAGAUGCCAUCUGCAAGCAGAGAGGGAGCAUGGCGGGCAGCACCGGCGUCCAUGACACUGUGGUCAACCAGCUGCUGUCCAAGAUCGACGGAGUGGAGCAGCUCAACAACAUCUUAGUGAUAGGGAUGACCAACAGGCCAGACUUGAUUGAUGAAGCUCUCUUGAGACCAGGAAGGUUGGAGGUGAAGAUGGAGAUUGGUUUGCCCGAUGAGAAGGGACGACUCCAGAUCCUUCACAUCCACACAGCCCGGAUGAGGGAACACGGUCUGCUCGCGACAGAUGUGGACAUACCGGAACUGUCUGUGGAGACCAAAAACUUUAGUGGGGCCGAACUGGAGGGACUGGUCAGGGCCGCGCAGUCCACUGCUAUGAACCGGCACAUCAAGGCCACCAACAAAGUGGAGGUCGAUAUGGAGAAGGCUGAACGUCUGCAAGUGACAAGGAGUGACUUCUUAACCUCCCUGGAAAACGACAUAAAACCUGCAUUUGGAACCAACCAAGAGGACUAUGCCAGCUACAUCAUGAAUGGUAUCAUCAAGUGGGGAGAUCCCGUCACCCGCAUCUUGGAUGACGGCGAACUGCUGGUCCAACAAACCAAGAAUAGUGACCGCACUCCUUUGGUCAGCGUGCUUCUGGAAGGACCUCCUCACAGUGGCAAAACAGCACUGGCUGCUAAGAUCUCUGAGGAAUCCAACUUCCCAUUCAUUAAGAUCUGCUCACCAGAAAAGAUGAUCGGGUUCUCUGAGACUGCCAAAUGCCAGGCUAUAAAGAAGAUCUUUGAUGAUGCUUACAAGUCCCAGCUGAGCUGCGUUGUCGUCGAUGACAUUGAAAGGCUGCUAGAUUAUGUCCCCAUUGGUCCUCGUUUCUCCAAUUUGGUGCUACAGGCUCUGCUUGUGCUCCUGAAAAAGCCCCCUCCGCAGGGCCGUAAGCUCCUGAUUAUUGGCACCACAAGCCGUAAGGAUGUUCUGCAGGAGAUGGAGAUGCUUGAUGCCUUCAGCACCACCAUCCACAUUCCAAACAUCUGCACGGGACCGCAGCUCAUGGAAGCUCUGGAGCUUCUGGGCAGCUUCAAAGACAACGAGCGGGCUACCAUCGCUCAACAUGUCAAGGGCAAAAAAGGAAUUUACAUUGGAAUCAAGAAGCUUCUCAUGUUGAUUGAGAUGUCCAUGCAGAUGAAUCCAGAGUAUCGCGCCAGCAAGUUUCUCGCCCUUCUAAAGCAAGAGGCUACAGAUCCGGUUCGCCGUGAAUAUGAAUAACCCCUUCUGGCGGGAUCAGGACUCCCCAUUUUCAGACGUAACAUUCCCCACAAACCAGCUUUUCCUGGGAAGGUUGGAUCCCGGAGCCGUGUCUACUGGCCCCCCCCCAGUCCGUCUCACAAUAGACAUGCAUGUGGCUCUGAUAUACCUUCAUGCUCUGUCUAGACCUCUUCUACCUUCUCAUCGAUCAGAUUUCAUGUCACCUCGCUUCUCGGUAUGAAUGCUCGGGACAAACCGUGGUCAUGUUGCAAUGUUUCGGUCUCAGUUGAUGUAAACUUGGCAUAUCUUCCCAGCCGGGUUGUUGCCAACUUGGUAAAACUCAACACACCCCUACACACACGCGCACACAC